AUGCAAGCUAAUGCAAUGAGCGAUCCUUAUGGAAUGAAUUAGAUAUAAAUUAAGGAAUACAGCAGAUAAAAGAAUCAAGGGAUGAAUUUAAAGAGAGCUGAAUCACAUCAAGCGAGAAAUCAUAAUUCUAGUCUAUCUGUGUAUUCUCUUCCAGGGAUUAAUAAUAAUGGAAGCAAUACUAGUUUUUCUGAAACUGAAAGUGUACAUAGAAAUGGAAAGAGAGGAGAAGUAGCUCAUCACAGAGAGUCAUCUCAAAAAUUGAACGACUCUUAUGGAGAUUAUAUUAGGAAGAAGGAGUUAUUUGGAAUAGAUGGGUAUAAGGUUCCUUCAAAUAAGGCUCUGAUUAUACCACCAAGAACUUUCAAAUUAGUGAAGAGUGAAAAGCAGAGCAGAUCGUUUGUAGAUGUUGAGGUUAAAAAUAGAUAAUUCAUGCCUCCUCCAAAUUACUAUUAAACUCCUUCAGAUUGGAAGAAGCAGCAAAAUGAGUAUUUAUAUGGCGGAAGUCCACUUAAGGGUAAGUUUUUAAAAGGAAAUAGAGUCACACUAUCUGCUGAAAUUAUUAAUUAGAAUAAAAAAGAAUCUAUGCCAGGCCCUGGAUCAUAUGAUAGUGCACAAAAAUAAAAGCUAACUGGCUUGUAUAAAGUAAAAGAAGAAAAAAGUUAAUUUAUUGACGAUGCUAAGUACUUUGGAUUACAAACACCAGGCGCAAUAUAUAAUCCUAAGGUAGAAUAUGUGAAGCCAAGAAUUAUCACCACAAAAGUUUAUGCUGACAAAAAAGACAAAGAUGACACAAAAAUUAAGAAAUCUGAUGCCCCCUGCCCAGGUCAAUACGAUGUAGAGAAUUCUUAUGCCAAGACUCAGUGGACCAGCAGAGUACCAUAAUUCACUAAAAGGAAUCAUAAGAGCUUCAUCGACAUCUACAAAAAAUCUAGAGAUUUUCUACCAGGGGUGGGCUCAUAUCAAAAUAUGGAAAAUGGCUUUAAUAAAUUAAGUUUUAACCCCCCUAGUAUUAGAACUAAAAGACAUUGA